CCGUCGAUUCGUCGAAACCGAACGUGUAGACUUCUGCGGUGAUGAUAUAAAUUUGUUCUGACAAUUAAUAAAAUUUUGUAAGGAUUUACGAAUUGAUAAGGAUAUCAUUUUAGUGAAAACAUACAUGUGUAAACUUUUUCCAAUUCGUUUUUUCAUACUCAAUUCUAAUAGAUGAAUUCCAUAUUAUUUCCAAUGGUAAGUUACAGUCCUAGUUCCUCGUCCUAGUGACAAAUGUAAAUUCUGAACUUCAAAAAUGGCGAACCGCACGGUAAAAGACGCGAAGUCUAUUCGCGGUACAAAUCCACAAUAUUUAGUAGAAAAAAUAAUCAGAUCACGAAUAUACGAUUCGAAAUAUUGGAAAGAAGAAUGUUUUGCGUUAACCGCCGAACUUUUGGUCGACAAAGCGAUGGAGUUGAAAUAUAUCGGGGGAGUGUUUGGCGGCAAUGUAAAGCCAACGCCAUUCCUCUGUUUGAUUCUGAAAAUGCUUCAAAUCCAACCAGAAAAGGAUAUCAUAGUCGAAUUCAUCAAAAAUGAAGAAUUUAAGUAUGUACGUGCCUUAGGAGCUUUGUACAUGCGACUAACUGGCACCUCUGUUGAUUGCUACAAAUAUUUGGAACCUUUAUUCAACGACAAUAGAAAAUUGAGACGACAGAAUAAGCAGGGUCAAUAUGAAUUGAUCCAUAUGGACGAAUUCAUUGAUGAACUACUCAGAGAGGAAAGAUCGUGCGAUGUUAUUUUACCCAGAAUACAGAAGCGCCAUGUUCUAGAAGAGAAUAAUGAAAUAGAGGGAAAAAUAUCCGCACUCGAGGACGACAUGGAUGAGGGAAUUGAGUCUUCAGAUGACGAAGAUGUGCCCGUAGUAAAGGAGGAAGUUCGUAAACGUACAGAAGACUUUGAAAGAGAGCGUCACAGGGAUCGAGAAAAGAGACAUGCUCGCCCCGAGAAAAAAGUAGAAAGGGAGAAACGGCGGUCCAGAAGUAGGGAGCGGGAAAGAGACAGGAGAGAACGUAAACGAAGCAAAUCUCCUAAACUGUAUUCCUCAUCAUCACACAAAGAUAAAGAUCGUGAUAAGGAUAGGCACAGAAGGGACGACAGGGAGAAAGAAAGAGAUCGAGAUCGUCGGAGAGAACGAGAGCGGCCUAGGCACUAACACACCUCACUAUGAGAGAAUACAAAUUUACAAUGAAAAAUUAAUACCAAUUGUCAUUUCUGUAAGUAACUUCAUAUUUGUAUGACUAACGAGAUCAACUUGUACACCUUGAUCAUUAAAAGAAUUCUGUGUCAUAACAAUAUUGAAAAGGGAUUCAUCAUUCUAGCAAAAGAUUCUGUAAUUAGCAUAAAAAUGAUUUGAAAUACAUCAUUUCAUACAUAUGUUUUUUGUUAUAUCUUUGUUCUCAAGUUGCCAGAGCUUAAAAUAAAACGAUAACUGUACUUAGCUAAUUACAGUUUAAUAAUAUUAAAAUUACAUAAUUUUUUUAACUAACUGCUACAUAGUAGCUUACCCGAACAUUGUUUCAGUGGAGUGUGAGUAUCCACGAUACUCGGGUAUCGAAUUAAUUGGGAAAGCUAUUUAGUAUUACAGAUUGUGGAUCAUUUCAUGUUUUAUGCCUGUAUACGAAUAACCGACAUUGAAAAAUUCGGUUUCAUACAUUUUUUAGAAUGUACAGAUUGGUUCAAAACAUUGCAGUAGCAUUGCAAAUUCUUUUUGGAUUUUCGAGAUAUCAAAGGUAAAAACAGUGCAUAAUCAUAAAAGAAUAUUUUCUUAACAUGGCCAUAAUGCCACUGAACUGCGUAAGUCGGUAAUAUCUAAAUAACCGAUAUUUCAUCUAUUUUAUGCGAUAUUUACAUAUUUUAAGUUUGUAUUAUAUUACUUUGUAAUAAAGUAACUACCAAAUCUCAAAUUUCAUAAUUAUAAAUAGUGAGCAAAAUAUAGUAUACAAUAUACACUUAAAGAUACGAAGGAAUGGGCGAUUAGUCGUGCAAUUAGUCACGUAUAAGACUCCUAUAUUUAGGGAGCUUCUAGGGAAUACAAUUCUCGGAUGCGUCAAAAAUAGGUUUUUCGAUCGCAAAUAUACGGAUGGAGGAAAUCAUCUCAAAAAUAAAUAUUUCCAUCAACCGAAAUCAAAUUGAACAUGAUUUGCUGCAUUUCUUAAAUCUUAACGUACCUAGUCAUAGCCUUUUGAAAUUAUACAUUCUACGUUAUAUUACCUUUCUUCCUUCCCAAUUUUUACAAUUUUCAUACAUCGUCGAUACCAAAACUUUG